UGUUCAACCCUUCGAACCACAGUGCAAUAACUUGCUUCCCAGACUCAAUGCCUUCCCUGUGGUCAAUCCUGUGUGGCACAGGGAAUUCUUUUUUGGUUGUCAUUUUACCUUUUCUUCCUAAUAUAUGAUCUUCAUAUGCAUCAACUUGCAACUUAGCAAGAAAUGUCCGCAUGGUCUCGUAGUUUGUCGUCAAUAUUUUCGUUUGGGGGGAAAAUUGUUGUCGUCCGUUUGUUCAAAAUACAAGUUCUACCCCGGUGUGUUCAGUAGAAUAAAGCAAAACCUACUGUAGGGUUACCAUGCUGUUCAGUGGGAGAGGUGGUUAGGUGCUCAAUGUUUUUCAACAGGGCAAUUUUUCCUAACGCACAUGGGUCGCAGAUAGGUUGUGUGUGAGUCGAAGGGUUAACAAUCCCAUGUUAGCGUCAGCAAUGGGAAGCUGUGCAGGAGGAGGAAGUUUGAGGGUUAGACCGAGCUGACCGACAAGAGAAAUAGGCAUAGUCAGUCCAGAGUCAGUUGUAUAAAGACAAAUCUGAUCUCAUUUUCCUCCCAGUGCCUUUGUCUGGGCUAUAAGUUGCGUCUCUUGCGGUAACAGGACACUGCUUAUCAAGAGUUGUCAGCUUUUCUUCCAGAAUUGGAAUCCUAAAUUCAAGACCUAGCUAAAUGUAAUAUAUUCCUUAAAAUGGAGUAAGAACAUGCUAGAUUUUCAGUAUUGUGUAAAACAAAUACUUAUAAGUCAGCUAGUUUUAUCUUUAUUUCCAUUAUCAUUAAUUCUUUGCUUCGGCUGACAGUAUGAGCUUAAAUGGCCUGAGAGUCCCAGGUUCAUAGGUAGGGCUCAUCUGAAGCCUGCAUGUAGAGAGAGCUCUUUGUACAAAGUUGUCAUGUAAAUAUAUUUUUAUUUUACAACUCUCUCUGUAAAAUAGAAAUAUGUUAUCAAGAAAAAUUGUGUACCACAAUUCCACAGGCCCAUACUAACUGUCCUUAAUUUCUCUCCUACAGCAGUACUGCUUUGCCAGUCCUGUACUGCACUCUGUUAAGGGUGCAGCAACUCCUCCUGUGCUUCUUUUCUGCCGGUUGAAGUCUGACUGCAGAAGGACCCUUGGCACUGAAAGUGGGGCAAAACACCGGAUCCCAAGAUGCAGGUCAGGUCGUACGUGGACGUCAUGUUGGAGCAGAACCUGUCCAAAGAGGAGAGAGAGAUUCGUCUGCAGAUGGCAGAGAAGGCCAAGACAGGGGACCUGAAAGUUGUGAACGGGUCUGCUGCCGCCGCCGCAGCAGCAGCCGUAAAGCGCAAGCGUCGCUGGGACCAGACAGCUGACCAAACCCCUAAUACUAAUACUACACCCAAAAAGAUGUCCAGCUGGGACCAGGCCGACACCGGUGCUGAGACUCCAGGACACACCCCCGCGCACACACCCUCAAGCACCCGAUGGGAUGAAACCCCUGGCCGCCCUAAAGGCAGCGAAACCCCAGGGGCCACUCCCAGCACCCGUAUGUGGGACCCCACUCCCAGCCACACACCCUCAGGCGCUGCCACCCCUGGCAGGGACACCCCCGGCCACGCCACACCUGGCCACGGUGGAGCCACCGGUAGCGUUCGUAAAAACCGUUGGGACGAAACACCAAAGACAGAAAGAGAGACUCCGGGUCAUGAGAGCGGCUGGGCUGUGACCCCACGAACAGACAGAGGAGACGAGUCUGUGGGCGAGACUCCAACCCCAGGGGCCAGUAAGAGGAAGUCUAGGUGGGAUGAAACGCCCGCCAGUCAGAUGGGAUCCUCAACACCUCUCCUCACCCCUGGGAAGACUCCCAUUGGAACACCAGCUAUGAACAUGGCUACCCCAACACCAGGUCACAUGAUGAGCAUGACCCCCGAGCAGCUGCAGGCGUGGAGGUGGGAGAGGGAAAUCGAUGAAAGGAACCGGCCCCUCACAGACGAGGAGCUGGAUGCCAUGUUUCCAGAGGGAUACAAGGUCUUGCCUCCUCCAGCAGGUUACGUGCCAAUUCGUACUCCGGCCCGCAAGCUGUCAGCCACACCCACUCCUAUUGGAGGCAUGACAGGUUUCCACAUGCAGGUGGAGGACCGCACCACGAAACAGAUGAAUGACCAGCCCUCAGGAAACCUCCCCUUCCUCAAACCUGAUGACAUCCAGUACUUCGACAAAUUGCUGGUGGAGGUGGACGAGUCCACGCUGACCCCGGAGGAGCAGAAGGAAAGGAAGAUCAUGAAGCUGCUGCUGAAAAUUAAAAAUGGAACACCACCCAUGAGAAAGGCUGCUCUGCGUCAGAUCACCGAUAAGGCUCGUGAGUUCGGAGCGGGUCCCCUGUUCAACCAGAUCCUGCCGCUGCUCAUGUCGCCCACGCUGGAGGACCAGGAGCGCCAUCUGCUGGUUAAGGUCAUUGACCGUAUUCUAUACAAGCUGGAUGACCUGGUCCGGCCGUACGUGCACAAGAUCCUGGUGGUGAUCGAGCCGCUGCUGAUUGAUGAAGACUACUACGCCAGAGUAGAAGGCAGAGAAAUCAUCUCUAACCUGGCGAAGGCUGCUGGUUUGGCGACGAUGAUCUCCACGAUGCGUCCGGAUAUCGACAACAUGGACGAGUACGUCAGAAACACAACGGCCAGAGCCUUCGCUGUGGUGGCCUCUGCCCUCGGUAUCCCCUCUCUGCUGCCCUUCCUCAAAGCUGUGUGUAAAAGCAAGAAGUCCUGGCAGGCUCGACACACAGGCAUCAAGAUCGUGCAGCAGAUCGCCAUUCUCAUGGGCUGUGCUAUCCUGCCCCACCUCCGCAGCUUGGUGGAGAUUAUCGAACACGGUCUGGUGGAUGAGCAGCAGAAGGUGAGGACCAUCAGUGCUCUGGCCAUAGCUGCUCUUGCAGAAGCUGCGACUCCCUACGGUAUCGAGUCAUUCGACUCCGUCCUCAAGCCGCUCUGGAAGGGUAUCAGACAGCACAGAGGAAAGGGUCUGGCUGCUUUCCUCAAAGCUAUCGGCUACCUGAUCCCACUGAUGGACGCUGAGUACGCAAACUACUACACCAGAGAGGUGAUGUUGAUCCUGAUCAGGGAGUUCCAGUCCCCUGAUGAGGAGAUGAAAAAGAUUGUACUCAAGGUGGUGAAGCAAUGUUGUGGCACUGAUGGUGUGGAAGCCAACUACAUCAAGACCGAGAUCCUGCCUCCGUUUUUCAAGCACUUCUGGCAGCACAGGAUGGCUCUCGACAGACGUAACUACAGACAGUUGGUGGACACCACGGUGGAGUUGGCCAACAAAGUGGGAGCAGCAGAAAUCAUUUCUCGCAUCGUGGACGACCUGAAGGACGAGGCCGAGCAGUACAGGAAAAUGGUGAUGGAGACCAUUGAAAAGAUCAUGGGCAACCUUGGUGCUGCUGACAUCGACCACAAGCUGGAGGAGCAGCUGAUCGACGGCAUCCUGUACGCCUUCCAGGAGCAGACGACCGAGGACUCUGUGAUGCUGAACGGCUUCGGCACCGUGGUGAACGCCCUCGGGAAGCGGGUGAAGCCCUACCUUCCUCAGAUCUGCGGUACGGUGCUGUGGCGUUUGAACAACAAGUCGGCCAAAGUCCGUCAGCAGGCCGCUGACCUGAUCUCCCGCACGGCCGUGGUCAUGAAGACCUGUCAGGAGGAGAAGCUGAUGGGUCACUUGGGUGUGGUGCUGUACGAGUACCUGGGAGAGGAGUACCCUGAGGUGCUGGGCAGCAUCCUGGGAGCACUGAAGGCCAUCGUGAAUGUGAUUGGUAUGCACAAGAUGACUCCACCAAUCAAAGACCUGCUUCCUCGUCUGACUCCCAUCCUGAAGAACAGGCACGAGAAGGUGCAGGAGAACUGCAUCGACCUGGUGGGCAGGAUCGCUGACAGGGGUGCUGAGUACGUGUCGGCCAGGGAGUGGAUGAGGAUCUGUUUUGAGCUGCUGGAGCUGCUGAAGGCUCACAAGAAGGCCAUCCGCAGAGCCACCGUCAACACCUUCGGUUACAUAGCCAAAGCCAUUGGUCCCCACGACGUCUUGGCGACUCUGCUCAAUAACCUGAAGGUGCAGGAGCGUCAGAACCGAGUCUGCACAACCGUGGCCAUCGCCAUCGUCGCUGAGACCUGUUCUCCCUUCACCGUGCUGCCUGCACUGAUGAACGAGUACCGCGUGCCCGAGCUCAAUGUGCAGAACGGCGUGCUCAAGUCCCUCUCCUUCCUGUUCGAGUACAUCGGAGAGAUGGGCAAGGACUACAUCUACGCCGUCACGCCCCUGCUGGAGGACGCACUCAUGGACAGAGACUUGGUCCACCGGCAGACGGCGAGCGCUGUGGUCCAGCACAUGUCUCUGGGCGUCUACGGUUUUGGCUGCGAAGACUCGCUGAACCACCUCCUCAACUACGUGUGGCCCAACGUGUUCGAGACGUCGCCUCACGUGAUCCAGGCCGUCAUGGGCGCCCUGGAGGGGCUGAGGGUCGCCAUCGGUCCCUGCCGCAUGUUGCAGUACUGCUUACAGGGUUUGUUCCAUCCAGCGAGGAAGGUGAGAGACGUCUACUGGAAGAUCUACAACUCGAUCUACAUCGGCUCCCAGGACGCCCUCAUCGCUCACUACCCACAAGUCUACAACGACGAGAAGAACAUUUUCGUUCGCUACGAGCUUGAAUAUGUCUUGUAAAUACAAAUUGAUGCGCUCUCUGGUUUUCUCUCCCCCCUCAACUUUAUCGUCGUCUCGGUUUAAAUCCGAGUCGGUUUUAAUUCAGCAGCUUUAUGUUGGUCUUUCCCGGGGGCUGAAGUAGAAAGUCCACGUCCUGAUUGCCACUGAAAUGAUCCUGGAAAAACAAGAGUGAAAAUGCGGAAUAUGGGGAAAUGAAACAAGGAACUUUGUCGAGUCUAUGUAUUGUUUUUUUAUUUUCCCUGUGAGGAAUGUUCGGGGUCAGUUGAUCCUUGGCUGAAGGACGCAGCGCCGUCACAAUGAUGAUGUUUUAAAUACUUUUGAUUAUUUUUGUUGCUUUUGUGUAUCGCUAGUCUUCUGUAUCAGCUGUACACACCCAGUCCAAGUUUCACACCUCUGUUCUUAUUAGGUUGUUGCUUUAUUUAACCUAAAUAAAAUGUUUGUGUAUAAAAAUCUGA